AGUUUGUUUGUCAUAUCGUUCAUGUGGUCCCCCCAAAUGUUUUUUUGAGACCCAUCUUCGGAUCGCGGUCCAUUCGCGCUUUCGAGAUAGUGUUUCUGCGCCAGGGUAUAUAUAGGCUCUCAUCCCCUUUCGCCUACUCAGACGUCUCAAGAAGCAGCCUUCUCUUAAUCAAAAUCACAUCGUAUUCCACAAUGUCAGCUACUAAAUCUGGAACGGACGUAACCUCGUCUAUCCAAAAUAGCGAUGUUACCCCAUCCAGAAGUAUCCUCCUCAAAAUAUAUCAUGACCCGUGGUUCCAGGUUUUCCUGAUCUCGUUGAUAUCAUUCUGCAAUCCCGGGAUGUACAACGCUCUCACUGGAAUGGGGGGAUCCGGCCAGGUUGACAGUACUGUUGCUGCCAACUCCAAUGUUGCGACGCACGCCUGUACUGCUGGUGCCGCGUUAGUUUUUGUCGGUGCUUUCUACAAAUAUCUCGGCCCUCGCCUGUCACUUCUCCUUGGUGGGUGGACAUAUGCCCUAUACGCAGGGUCUUUGCUCAACUUCAAUCGAACUGCGAAUGGCCCAUUUGUGAUUGCUGCAGGCGCAUUGCUGGGUCUCGGCGCAGCAUUUUUUUGGGUUGCGCAAGGCACAAUCAUGGUCACAUAUACCAACGAUAGCACCCGAGGAAGAGCAAUCGCUUUGUUCUGGGUGAUAUUUAAUCUUGGAGGAGCUAUCGGUUCGCUUGCUAGUUUUGGACUCAAUUAUCAUUCCAAAUCCGGCACAGUCACUGACUCCACGUAUAUCGCAUACAUUGUGGUCAUGCUAUUCGGUUGGGUCUUGUCUGUAUUUGUUUCAUCCACCGAGUUCCUAUCUCGCAAAUAUAGCGGUGGUCGUAUUUCGGAAGAAUCGAAGAAACUUAACUGGGCUAAUUUGAAGAUUACAAUCUUCGAGAGCAUCAAAAUCGUGUUUGAUUGGAAGGUUAUGUGCCUAUACCCUAUGUUCUUCAAUGCCAACGUGUUCUAUUCAUAUCAGCAAAACGAUGUCAACGGGAUGACAUUCAACCUGCGAACCCGGUCGCUCAAUAGUGCGCUGUACUGGAUUGCGCAGAUGGUCGGCGGACUCUUGAUGGGCUACAUCCUAGACAUCAACCAGAUAAAUCGGCGAACCCGAGCAAAAAUUGGCUGGGCUAUACUUCUUGUCACGGGGAUGGUUAUCUGGGGUGGAGGAUACAAAUUCCAGGUCUGGGAUGACAAGCGCCUGCGAAACGGUCUCAAGCAGGACAUUGACUACAAAGCCGGAAGCGUAUUUCUCGGUCCCAUGUUUCUGUACUUCUUCUAUGGCGCCUAUGAUGCAUUCUGGCAGGCUUACUGCUACUGGAUCAUCGGGGCACAGUCGCACGACCCGGUAGUCAAUGCAGUUAUUGUCGGUGCUUACUCGGCUCUUAAGCCUGCUGGUGGAGCAAUGGCCUGGCGAGUGAAUGCUAAUGGGGUCAGUGCUAUGACUCAAUUUGCGAUGAACUGGGGUCUUACCAUUGGAAGCUUGGUGGUGGCUGUUCCAACUGUAUUGACGUUGAACAAGGCUGGUUAUGCGGCUGAACAGACGGAAGUGGACACAAAGACUUUUGAGGAUGUUGAAGUCUAA